GUUUUCUUCUGAUGUGGUGCAGCCGGUGUGGGGUGUAAGCUGGUUUAAUUAGCACCGCUCAGUGAUUUGGGACCCCUGUCAAAGGCUGUUACGUUAUCUGGAAACACAAGGAGUUAAAGCUGGAGCUGUGACCUCAUCUCUAUUCAUGUUACAGUGGAGCAGAAGCUGCGCUGAAAGGGGCUGUUUAACCGCAUCGCUGUCUUUGCUGCUGCUGCUGCUUGAUCGCUUUAAUUUGGUUCUGAGAUCUGUAGCGUGCUUUGCUGAACUCUUACAGAGGGGAUUAGUGGGAAUACUGGAGGCAAACCGAGCCGUGCUAAUAUCGAACGUCCGUAGAAAUAGCUCCUGCAGAAAUAUUUAGACUCAAAUACACCUUUCCACCCGAUUCCAACUUUUUUAUUGCUCCCCCGUGACAAUUCAGGCGGCACUGAGGAGGGCUCUCUCUCUUUCUCUCCCUCGCACACACACUCACACACGGUCCUGGCUUACGCAACCGUGCCGUGUGUUAUUUAAUUGCUUAUCUGUGCGUAGGAGAUGCCGAUUCAACUGCUGCGGCUUUAACGUGGGAGCGGCGCACGCCACAAUAGGUGUCACUGUGCGCGAAUCCAAUCGUUUUCCCUGGCUGCAGCCAUUGGCUCCAUCGGCGCGGCUGCGAUACCUUACUCCGCUCCCAUCCCUUCCACGCACAACUCCAGCUCGCUGAGCGCACUGGCAGCGCGACCGUGUGCCUCCUCACACCCCCUCCGGAGAGCCUGCUCCCCUCCCGGGGUGUAGCGCUUUCCCCGCGAUCCUGGCCGGGAAAUCUGGAGAGAAAUAAAGCUGGCGGGAAUGAUGGGGAUGUAUUUAACGAUUCAAGUACUGGAUCAAACUUAAAUGUUUGUUACAGUUUCUUACUCGGUGCGCUGGAAAGGUCACCUUGUCUUGCUGGAAAAGAAGCAAACUCUCAGCUCUGCUGCUUUCUGUGUAACAGCUUCCACGUGCAUUCUUUAAUGUUCCUGGCUAGUUAGGCUGUCGGGCUUUACAGACCGGUAUACUCAUGGUAGAUGAGAAAGGAAAGAACAUGAAAUGUCUCACCUUCUUCUUGAUGCUUCCAGAGACGGUCAAGAACAGGUCCAAGAAGAGCUCUAAGAAAGGAAAUAGCAGCGGCAGUAGCAGCAGCAAAUUGCCUCCAGUUUGCUAUGAAAUCAUUACCUUGAAGACCAAAAAGAAGAAGAAGAUGGCUGCUGAUAUUUUUCCCCGAAAGAAACCUGCCAACACUAAUACAACUGCUGUCCAGCAGUACCAUCAGCAAAAUCUCAAUAACAACAACACUAUUCCAGCACCCAAUUGGCAAGGACUUUAUCCAACCAUCAGAGAGAGAAAUGCAGUGAUGUUCAACAAUGACUUGAUGGCAGAUGUUCAUUUUGUGGUCGGGCCACCAGGUGGGACCCAGCGGCUGCCAGGACACAAAUACGUCCUGGCUGUUGGGAGCUCUGUAUUCCAUGCGAUGUUUUACGGAGAGCUUGCUGAGGACAAAGAUGAGAUCCGUAUCCCAGAUGUUGAGCCUGCUGCUUUCCUCGCCAUGCUGAAGUACAUUUACUGUGAUGAAAUCGAUCUGGCUGCCGACACCGUCCUGGCCACUCUUUAUGCUGCCAAGAAAUACAUCGUCCCUCACCUCGCCCGCGCCUGCGUCAACUUCCUAGAGACAAGUCUGAGUGCGAAGAAUGCCUGUGUGCUGCUUUCCCAGAGCUGCUUGUUCGAGGAACCCGACCUGACCCAGCGCUGUUGGGAAGUGAUUGAUGCCCAAGCCGAGCUGGCUUUGAAGUCUGAGGGGUUCUGUGACAUUGAUUUUCAGACACUUGAGAGCAUCCUCCGAAGGGAGACCCUGAAUGCCAAAGAAAUCGUCGUUUUUGAGGCGGCCCUGAACUGGGCCGAGGUGGAGUGUCAGCGGCAGGAGCUGACGGCGACCAUAGAGAACAAGCGCAAAGUCCUGGGGAAGGCCCUGUACUUGAUCCGCAUCCCCACCAUGGCUCUGGACGAUUUUGCCAACGGUGCCGCUCAGUCUGGGAUCCUGACCCUCAACGAGACCAACGACAUCUUCCUGUGGUACACGGCGGCCAAGAAGCCGGAGCUGCAGUUCGUCAGCAAGCCCCGGAAAGGCCUCGUCCCUCAGCGCUGCCACCGCUUCCAGUCCUGCGCUUACCGCAGCAACCAGUGGCGCUACCGGGGCCGCUGUGACAGCAUCCAGUUUGCCGUGGAUAAGAGGGUGUUUAUCGCCGGCUUCGGGCUCUAUGGCUCCAGCUGUGGGUCGGCAGAGUACAGUGCCAAGAUCGAACUCAAGCGACAAGGAGUUAUUCUGGGCCAGAACUUGAGUAAAUACUUCUCGGAUGGCUCUAGUAACACUUUCCCCGUGUGGUUUGAGUACCCGGUGCAGAUUGAGCCCGACACCUUUUACACAGCGAGCGUGAUUCUGGAUGGGAACGAACUCAGUUAUUUUGGACAGGAAGGAAUGACAGAGGUGCAGUGUGGGAAGGUGACUGUUCAGUUUCAGUGCUCUUCGGACAGUACAAACGGCACGGGGGUACAGGGAGGGCAAAUUCCCGAACUCAUCUUUUAUGCUUGAAUGAGAGCGUGUGGAGACAGAGCAUUUUGCCAUGAAGAACCUGUCAGGUUCAGGCCUCCUGACACUUAGCUUUUUAUCUGCAGAUGUGAUCAGUACAGGGAAUAUGUAAACGCUGUGGGCAAGUUCCUGGCUUGCUGUACUUGUAGCAUCGUUGGUGAUCAAGUUUAAAUGUAAUAUUUUAAACUGGAAGCUCUUAGAAACAAGUGAGUUUUAAAGGCUUUUUGUAGGAGGGUGCCUGUUUGCUGGUGAUGCUGACCUAUUCUUUGAUGCACCUGUGAAUCACCAGAGGACAUGCCCCUCUUGUAUCUCACUGAACACUGUCUUCAUUGAUCCCUUUUCUCUUUCUUCAUUUCCUGCUUUCCGCUUGUAAUUCUUUUGGGGAGGUAGGGGUAGAAAAUGAAGAGCCUUGUUUUAUGGCUCUCUCUGCUGUCUGCUCUGCAGACUUUGGAGAUUCCAGUAAGCCAAGCUGCUUCUGACCAUGGGAGCUGAAAGAAGUCCCUCAGUUUUAAGCAGAAAAGGUGGAGGUUUAAACCUCCAUCCUGUGAGAUUCUCCUGCAGCCAACUGUUUAAGAUGGCUACAGGGGAAGAUGGAGAGGAGGAGGCAUCUUUCAGGAAGCUACACAGCAUGCUGACCAUGUCCACAGUGCAUGGACAUGUUUACAGUGAGGAAGGGAUGUGGGCUUGGCAAGUAACCCUCGGAGUUCACUUACUAGGAAUCCCACCUUGAAGCCAAGGAGGUACUUGCACGUGUUCCAGUUGUAUAUGCAGCUCUUGAAACUCUACUCCCCUGACCUAGUUUUUGCUACAUUGAUUUGCUGCUUAAAUGGCUUUUCUUUGCUAAGUGAAUGGGAGUUAAUAUCAAUCAUCUGAUGAAGGAUAAGUUUUUGUUUGUUUGGGGUGGGGUUUUUUCUUCUUCCUAAACAUGGUAGAGGCAGAUCAUAGAGGAACAACAGAAUGUAUCAAUCCUGACUUGGACUUUUUUCUGUAAUAUGAGAUUUUAUUUUUUUUUUUCUUUUUAUUACCAGUCGCAAUUUAGACAAAGACAGAAGAUUCCCAGCUGUGGUCAUAUUACACUUAGUGUAUAUCAUCAGAUAGCAGUGAGGAGAAAGAAGUCUUCUCUAAUGUGUUAAUGUUGGAUCUCUUGCAACUGCUUAUGGCUACACAUCAAUCUGAGGAUUAUGUGGUACAGAACCCUUUCCUUGUCUGAAUUUCCUCUUCCCCCAAACUUCUUGUUGUAUGUCUGUAUCAUUUCUGGAAAAUAUUAGGGAUACUCCUUGUAUCAGGGAAGGAAGCCAGUAUAAAAAAGAACUACAGGUACUAUUUAAACAUGAGCAAAUCCUUCACCACUGCACUGGGACAGUUGUUCCUCAGAGACACACUACCUGUUGUAAAGCAUCUCAUUCUUCCUUCACCUCUGAAGUGGGUUCUGUUUGUUCCGUACGUUUUAACGAAACGAGAGGGACCAAAUGAUUCUUCAGACAGGCUGAAGAUAAAUGUUACAGUAUAUCACACAUUAAUGUAGCAUAACCCUAAAUUCACUUGUCAGUUCUGUAAUAAAAAUGUUUUUCUCCUAUGAUUUCUUACCAGUUUAAUGCUAUUACUCUGAGUGUUGCUGGACAGUUGGAAUCCUGGCCCCCGGCCAUCCUAAAGUGCCAAUACAUCUUUGCAGUGUCCGAAAUACCAUCUGAAGUAAGGAAAACUGGAGCAUAGACAUCAAACACUUUAUGGCCAAAGCCCAGAUCUUCUCUCUAGGUAAUAAAAGGAGAGCCAGGUAAAAAGCUACCCCUGCAGGAUUUAUGCCUUUCAUCCAUCUUAGCGUUUCAUGUUUUAUAUACAUACGUACAUGUGUGUGUAAGCAGAGCUCUCUCUGAAAUGUAAAUACCCUCAAAAUGCGGAGAAAAAUGUUUUGUUUUUUUGUAACAGAUGUACAUAAUCCAGACUGUUAGUGAAACCUAAACAGAAUGCUCCAUGGAAAACUCCCAGAGAGAGAUUUAAAAAAACCUCCAGUUAUUUAUAUUUAGAUCUGCAGCUGAAAAUAGGCAAGAGUAUAAAUGGUAUGGAGUGGAGGAAGAGUUGCUGAAGAGAUGGCAAAAAGGAAUCGAAGACCGUGAUGAGGUAAUGGUCAUCUACUUUUAGACAACAUCUGAGCAGCAGUUCAAUUUAUUUAGAUCCAUUUGAAAGCAGUGAAAGAUGCUAAUCAGCUGAUUAAGUUUUCUUAUGGCAAGCGGCUGAUGCAGAUCUAAUUUCUCGGAGUGAUGAUCAGACUGACAAGUUCCUCGUGGUAGCAAACUGCAUUCUAAGUCGUUUGGGGGAAAAAAUCAGGUGCCUCAGCUGGUGGGACAAGUCAGAGAAUAUCGCAUUGGUAUAACUUAGACUUGGGUCCUCACUUUUAAUUAAUUUUUUUUGGUUUUACUUACCUGUAAACAAAGGUGAACUGUCUGCUGUGUUCACUGGCUGGAACAGAAGUUCAGAAUACCCUGUAGCUGUAAUAUGUAGAAAAAUGAGCUGUUAUUUAAUUAUUUGCUUCUUUUAUGAAAUCCUUUUGACGAAGUAGGAUGAAAGCAACCUCUGGCUUAAUUCCUCUGAGUCCAUUCCAGGUUUUAGGAGCUGGUGCAUGUGAAGGUUUCCAGUAUGAAUGAUCAAACAAAAGCACCCCAAAACACCUUUUGAUGCUCCCAGUGUGACUUGUUUCUGAGUGCUACCUGAUGCUAACAAGUACUGGCAUAUAAGAAGGUGGCCAGCGCCAGUCACCUUGGGACAUCAGGGCACUUCAGUAGGUGUCUAAAUGUGGAUUUGGUUGGUUUAGCAGUAGCAUCCAAGCUUGAAUACAUUGACAUCUUGCAAGCAUCAGCCACAUCAGCCUGGAAUGUAAAUGUAGGGUCGAUAGAGAUCACCUCAUAGAUUCUGUCUUAAACUGUACCUGGCCAUCCUUGCUACUUGUAUCUUUGGUUUUCCUGGCAAGAGGAAUCUGUGAUAAGAGAGUAUAAUGUCAUAUACUUUCUUCAUAUCUAAAAUAGUAUUUAAGUAAACACUAAUUUCUACAUACGUAUUGCACUGAACUGUUUUGGGGUUUGUUUCCUUUUUUUUUUUGUUGUUGUUGUGAUGAACUCGGCUCACUUCAGGUCCCAGCACCCAUUUGUGCUGAAGCAGUGUUUGACCUUAGCAGGCUUACAGCAUUAUUUAUAAAGGACAGAUAUAUAUAUAAAUAUAUGAAGUACCUCAUGUUGAAUGUUAUUGUACUGUAUCUUUAAUGUCACAGUGCAGAUCUUGUUGGACUCAUGAAUGUGUAUAAUCACGCUAAACAUACAAAUAAAAAUGAUUCUUAA